AUGGCGCCCGCACACACAGUGCUGGGCCUGGCCCUCCUCGCCACGCGCAUCAGGGCGGACGAAACGGACGACGACGCGACCGACAGCAUCUUCAUCGACCCCGACUCCUUCCCCGACGACUGGUACGGCGGCUUGCAAUUGACGCAGCUGUUUUUGGCCUAUUGCGUGAUCCUCUACUUUGGGUGCAACAUGAUUUCGGACGGCGCCGAGUUAUUGAUGCUCACGCCCUACUCCAAGCUUGUGGGAGCUGUUAUUUUACCUAUAUUGGGUGCGGUACCAGAUGGUGCUAUCGUGCUCUUCUCGGGCAUCGGGCCGGACGCGCAGACGAACUUGGAUGUCGGUGUGGGUGCCUUAGCUGGUAGUACAGUGAUGCUCAUCACGAUCCCCUGGUUCCUCGCGAUCUACGGCGGCCGCGUCGAUCUUGAUAGUAAUGGUCAACCGAAGUACGCGACAAAGAAGAAGCGACUGACCGAGGGCAACCUCUGGGACGCCGGCGUCUGUACGGGCGAGACUGGUAGCAUUGUAGUGAGGAACAUGGCCUACUGGAUGGCGAUUACUUCCAUUCCUUACUUGGUGAUUGAGGUGGGUGCUUUGAUAGCCGAAGCGGAGAACGGCGGCAUCCUCAACCAGCAGAACCUGGACGACGUCACGCUGGAGUCGGAGGGCUCGCCCGAACGCGUCUAUGCCAUCGUGGGGACGCUGAUGACCAUCGGCUUCUUCCUGGCUUACUUGAAAUACCAGAACGACCGCACGUCAUCACCCUCGGUCGCGUCCAAGCAAGUCAGAGCGGUACAGAAUACUGUGAGUGGUGGUCAGGGCUUGGUUGCCGCGGUGCGACCGUUGCUGGAAGCGAUGGAGAAGCAGGAGCAAGAAAUGUCCCAGACAGGCGCGUCGCAGUCGUUAAUACAAGCCGAGAGCAAGAGGAGCAUGACGAUGCUGCAAAACGUCCUGCGACCCUUCUUCUCGAAAUACGAUGUGGACGGCUCGGGUACGCUAGAAACGUCGGAGCUCGGCCGAGUCUUCAUGGACCUGAACGAACCGAAAAGUGCCCAUGAGCUCGAGGCCCUGUUCAAAAAUUUUGAUACCGACCAGUCGGGCGAGAUCUCCUUUGUGGAGUUCUGCGACGGCGUUCGUUCUUACAUCGGGAAGAAGAAGGCCAACGAAUCCGCUGCGGUAGAUAGAACAAGUAGUAGAGUGGAGGAGGAGUCGAAAGAAGACGACGGCGACGAAAGCGAGGAGGAGGAGUGCCCCGACGAGUUCGCCCAGGAAAAAUUCAAGACGAUUGAGGAGCAGCAGGCCGCCAUCAAACGAUCUGCGGCUUACCUGUGUGGCGUCGGCACGAUUGUGGUGCUCAUUUUCAGUGAUCCGAUCAGUGACGUGCUCACGGCCAUAGGAGAACGCAUCGGCGUGAACGCCUUCUACGUGGCGUUUGUCGUGGCACCCCUCAUCACGAAUGGAAGCGAAUUGAUGGCGUCCUACACCUUCGCGCAGAAGAAGACGAUGAAGAGCAUGACGGUCGCGUACGAGCAGUUGCUCGGCGCGGCGGUCAUGAACAACACGUACUGCUUGUUCAUCUUCCUCAUACUCAUCGCGACGCAGGGCCUGUACUGGAACUACACGGCCGAGGUCAUCGCCAUAUUACUGGCGGAGCUCUGCGUUUUUGUGGUGGCCACGCAAUUCAAGGUCCACACGAUGAAGACGGCUUUAGCAGUGCUGGCCAUCUACCCCGCGACGAUUCUGGUCGUGUGGAUGCUCGAGACGCUCGCGGGCAUCUCCUGA